GAAUUUAUAAACAACAUUUUGCUUGUUCACUAGCGUAGGUUUUAAUUCCGUUUCUCGUAGAUCAUCGAUGAUCGUUUUGUUUGUAAAGAUUGGCUGCAAAGGGUGAUUGAUCUUCCUUCCGAGGUCGCAUAACUGUCUCCAAAGUUGGUGGGCAGAUUUCUGAUCCUUAUAGGCAAGGUAAUCCGAAGGGGGCUGUCAGUGGGCGUGUGGUUCAGGUCUCGGGGGUGUUGGGCACUGUUAAUGGCCGAUUCGAUGAGCUUUUUCGGAUAUUUUAAUUUCAAGAAUAUCCCUUUCAAGGUUUUACAUUCCCGCAAGAAGAAAUCUUUAACAUAUAUAUUCCUGACAUUUUCUUUUUUCUGUAUAUAUAUCACCAAUUCAUGUUAAUUUUCUGCGCAUUUGAUAAUGAUGACAUGGAGUCAUCGAAACUUCGUGUUAGCUUUUUUGUCAUUGAUUUUUCUUUUAAAAAAGAUAUACAAUUCAUGGUGACAAUUGAAACUUAGGGUGCGUUUGAUUGCAUGAGAAAUAGUGAUUUUCGAUUUUGCAAACGAACGCGAAACUCAAAGCGGAGUUCAUCCCCACCCCCCGAGAAAUCCGUCCAAGAGGUUGGCUUCAAUAAAUGAAUCCAAAUCAGGAUUUUAUGCAUUUCCUUUAUUACCGUCCUAUUAGGAACUUCAGGAAAAGAGAAAAAGGAUUUGUAAAACUGUUCUAGUAAACAGUGUUUUCUUUUUUCCUGCUUGUUAUGCGUGUGCUUGCGAGACAGCUGUUGUUGAAAACGUAUGUCCGCAAACCUCCCCGCGUCCUAAAAAAUGGGGAAUCCAAGGACAGGUUUAUCAGCGUUGAAAUAGGUUUUCAGAUUUCUCGGCCUUUGAUCCGAAUUUCAAAAAUCCAAAUCCAAAUCCAGAUUUCCCAAUCGAACGCGUCCUUCCACAUGUAUGUUUAGAAGUUUAUGGUGAGUUGCCAUGGCAACGGUUGCUUCUGAGCCGUUAUACUCUCGCCCAUGUUUCAAUGUUAAAUAAUUUAAGGAACAAAAUUUCCCCUAGCCCAUUCCCUCAUAAAACUCCUAAUUCUCUAGUUGAUGCUCAAUUCUUAUGUCUGGAGACAGUCUAAUUAGGAUUUAGCACACCCCAAUCUUUAAAUUUGGGGUGCUACGUAGUUACAUGUUUUUGGGUUCUUGGCUCAUGAAGUAUUUCGGGUUCUCGCAAGCAGGAUAAUUUUUUUGUCUCUCGUUAGGCGUUAACAAAAGCAGAACUUAGCUAUGAAAGUAAAACUUGUCGACUAGUAACAGUAAAGCUCAGACUAAACGUUAGCGUAAACGAAAAGGAAGCAAUACCGCUCGUGGCGCGAAAAAUUAUCUCGCGCGGAAGGGGGCAGUCCAAAAUGCUAAAUGCGCGAAGUGUUAAAACCGAAUGCAUAGCAACCGCGUAGCCUAGCAACACGGUACUCAACAGGCCCUUGAGUGAUGCAACAUUUCUUGAUUGGAGUAUUGAGACCAACGUUUUCUGAAUCAGUGUUAACCAAGAGAUCAUGAUAUCAGUUGUUUGAGCUCAAAAAAAGGCAAAAUAAAUGAUCAAAAUAACUGUUGAAAAGGGAAUUCUUGUAACUAACCUCUACUUGCUAAUUUGUAGACGAGUGUAAAGCAGGACUACAUAACUGCCACGAUGAUGCGUACUGUAUCAACACCAAGCGUUCCUUCACGUGUACUUGCAAAACAGGAUACACUGGGGAUGGUGUCAACUGUGCAGGUAACAUAAUAUGGACAAAGACAAAUAACUAAUUGCAACACAUGUAUUCUUGCUUUCAUAAAAAAAAUAAUGAAUAAUAAAUGCUACAACUGGUCGAGCUCGAACUGCAUCCCCAAUUAAGCUCACAGGCUUAGUGCCAGUCAGGCUGGGGAAACAAAAACUCUGACCAACAGACGUCUGAGACAGGAACACUGUAGGAGCACAAAGGCUUAGAGACAGAAACACUUGGGAUCCAUUUUGGAUAUAGCGUACCGAAUCAUCAUCACUAAUAACUAACUGCUGCUAGAAACGGUUCGGGCACAACAUUCAAGGCAAAGAGAUGGAUAAUGACCCUGGCUGGAGGUCUGUAACAUUGCCAAUUUGACCUAAGCGUACAUUGAGACUAAAUACAUAACUUAAGGAACAGGUGCAAAACGGGGCUAACCGUACAAAUGUAUAAAAUAGGAUACAAUUCUGAAAACUAGCAGAGUUGAGCUACCAACAGAAUUGAAUGCGGUCAGACAGAGGCCAGAAAAAAUAAAUAAAUAAAAAAUAAAAAUAAAAAAACUGCCCAAACAUCUCUCAAGGGAAAAGAAUGAGUGUAGGAAAUGUUAAUAGGAACCAAGGACUUUACAAGUUAAUCGAAAUAGGCAGCUCCUAAAAUAAGUCCCCCAAAAAAAAAAAUGAGAAAACCGAAGGAAGGUUGGUUCAGAAGCCUAGAUGAAGCACACGUGAUAUGUAAUACCACAGGUAUGGCUACCCAUGGUGCCCCUGGCCUAACACCCAGGCCCUGCUGUUUCUCGUGCCGUCAAAGUAAUUGUUUCUUAUUCUUUGCGGGCUCAUUCGUCAUAAAAGAUAUAACUUGCAACAUGUAAAACUUUGAAUAAUCAUUUGUCACUGAUUUUUUCUGGCAUUUUACCGUUGUUAUAAGUGGCAUGAAUUGAAUUAGUGUUCCUUGAAAUUGCUUUAUUUUGGAAAUAGAUUUAUUCGUUCGUGGACUAUUUCUACUACUCGAAAGCAUUGCAUUACUACUGAUCCCUCUUUCAAUAGACAUAAAAAUCGAACUGAUUCAGUUUGAUAACUCAGCAUUAUCUCUUUAUUUCCAGAUAUAGACGAGUGUGAAACAGGAAAACACAACUGUGACGUCACUAGAUGGUGCUAUAACACUAAAGGAUCCUUCGACUGCCCUUGCAGGGAAGGUUAUUCUAAAAAUGGAGAAGAUAAAUGUACAGGUAACACUUCAAGAUCCCUUAAAUGAAAGGGUCAGAGACUUCGUAGCCACGUGUCUUUCAUAUCAAGUUCCUUUGUUCGAAAGUCGUUUUCCACCAAAGUUGCCUCAAUGUAAGUCGCGUUAAUUUCCAUACUACCUUUGAGUAUCAUAGAGCAUUAAUUUCCUGUAUAAUAAGGCGGGUAUUUUAUCGUAAUUCCAAUAAGCCAUUUUCGACUUCACUCGAGCUUCUGUCUUAAAAUGAGCCGAGGUGCGAAGCCUUUUGAUUAGAAAAUUAAUUUCAUAGGAGAAAGGAGUAAGAAAGACCUCGUUUUGAAAAUAAGACUUUUUGGAUAUUAAAAUAUUGAUCGCAUAAAAUGGCUAUUAUGGUAACCCACAGUUAUCUACCGUGAAAGAAAAACUAGAUCAGUUUAUUCAGUGCUUGACUUCUUAAUUGCAGAUAUAAAUGAGUGUGAAGCAGGAAAGCACAACUGUCAUGCAAACGCUAUUUGCAAAAACACUGAAGGAUCCUUUGUAUGCACCUGCAAGCCAGGGUAUUCUGGGGAUGGAGUUAACUGUGCAGGUGAAAACAGAGCGUCGGUCUUCUUCAUAAUAUUUUCUUAAUGAGAUCCAUUUAUCUUGCAUUAAACCCAAGUUCAGCCACAAGGUAGUAAGCUGCUUAGUACCUAGAGGCUCAGUUUGUUCUUUUAAGCUGAAUGAUAAGUAUCGAAAUGCCCUUGCAUACUGCUAUAGUUUGUGAUUUGCAGUAUCUGUAUGCAGUCUUAGCCUUAAAAUUAACAUGUUUGAGAUCUUUAAGUUUUUUAAUGUAUUGUAAUUGUCCCCAUGCAAGAUUGUGAUGUCCGCACACGCAUUCAUGCUGGGUGAGCUUUCUGCAUUUAAAAUCAGAUCAGUGUCGGUACACAAUUCCGUCUUUUGUUCCUCACCACCAGAGUUUCAGAGUUUUAGCGGUAAUGUGUCUUUUUUUAUUCCUCCUUCUGUUGGCAGUUUUUCUUCCGUUGGGAAGUCGUUCUCCAUUCUCCAGUAUCUUGCUUCUUUAGGUUUCUCUAAUCCUCUAUCUACACAUGUGAUGUUAUUUGUUCAUUUCUCAGGGCCCCAAUAUUUAGCAAUAAUCUUUUUGAUUAUCAGUAUAGCUAGAAAGCCCUCUCUCUCCUCCGACCGUACCCUGUUGGUAGUUUUUCUUAAGCUGGGAAGUCCUUCUGCAUUCUCCAGUAUUUUGCCUCCUUAGGUUUUGCUAAUCCUCUAUCUAUACAUUUGAUGUUAUUUCUUCAUUUCUAACCGGCUCAAUAUAUAGCAACAAUCUUUUUGCUUCUCAGUAAAGCCAGAAAGCUCUCUCUUCUGACGGUACCCAAUCCUAGAAAAUGAAAGGUUAAGUAAAUCAGUUUUAAUGAUUCAGUCCUACACCUGAUUUGCAGACGUAAACGAGUGUAUGACAGGAGAACACAACUGUGAUGCUAAUGAAAAAGACUGCAAUAACACUGAAGGAUCUUUCAAUUGUACUUGCAAGCCAGGGUAUUCUGGGAACGGAGUUGACUGCAAAGGUAAUUUUAUUUUAGUAAAGACCUGGAUCGUCUUAAUGUUAACCCUCCGACGCACACGCAAAUUCAAACCCCCACCGUGGUACAAAGGCGGGGGGCGGGGGUGGUGGAUGAAACCCCUCCCCGGAGUUUUUGAUAUGUUGCAGCAUUUCCAAACGAUUUUACCUUAAGUGGAGAGCCUUUGAUAUUCGUAAUAUAUAGAUUUAGCCAGGGCUAAAAGCGAGGCUCCCAUUAAUAAAUUUAUAAUUUAAAUCAAACAAUAAACUUGUAUUCCACAAUUCAGUUAACUUUAGAGCACAUUCGUGUGACUUUUCAAACAGCCCAAGAGUGAACCAAAUCUCGCAUCGAGUUGAUAGCCUCAUAAGUACACCCAAAAACUGACAAUCAUCUUCGAUCACAUUUAUUAAGAGCCGUAAUGGCUCUUGAUCACCGUAGAUUAAUUAGGCGUGGAAAAAAAAUUCCGGCCGAAUUUUUUGCGUUCGACAAGUUUAUUUUACAAAAUCUUGCCAACAAAUCUCGGUGCGUGUAAACCAACCUUUUAUAGCGGAGCUCCUUGCGCGCGCGAAGCGCACGCGAGCGGAGCACCAUAACUAAGAUAAUUUGGUAAACUAUCCAUCCGAAAAAUUUUGGUUAUGACGUCAGCGUACGUCCGUCCGUACGGACUUUCCGGGUAGUGGAAAGUAGUCCGCAUGGACUCCUGGGGUAGGGGAAAGUAGAGAUUUUUUGGCGGGAAAUCGCAUGGCGCAACGUCGCGCAAUUAUAUCGCGCAACUGGUUUUGAAAAAAAGAAAGCAAGUAGAAAGAGUCAGAGCGAGAAGAAGGAGAGAAAAUUAGAGUGAAAAACGCCGGCAAGCAGAACGAGACAGAGCUAGAAUGAACAGACAAAGGCAACGCGAAAGAGAAAUACAAAGGCAAAGAGAACGGCAGCAAAAUAAUGACAUGAUGAUAGAAAGUGUUGUGUUAAUGUCACUGUGGCCCCGCGCUAUUAACAUUUUGAUUUCAAACUGAUCUCGGACUCGAAAAUUCAGCCAGUCAUUUAAAAAAACAAGCAGGGAAGACAGAGGCUUUUCACUUUUCUCACCAUUGUCACGCGUUGAUUACGCUCUACGACCGUCCAAUUUUUAUGCUCUGAUUGGUCAAAAUUUGACAGGUGAGUUCAUGCAGAAAAUUUAAAUACAGCAUCUUGAACCUUGUUUACUUUCAGUUUGACAGCUGAAGCUGACAGAGUAUUUUGUCAACUUGUGAUGUUUUUUACUGUCUUUUUCCACUGGAUGCUUAAAAUGAAAUACAGCUGCUAUCAACAGUCUUCUUUGAUUCAUGGCUGGUUUGUUUAUUGAAUUUUUGGUUGGGAAAUGCGCCGGUUGCCAUAGUUGGAAAUCCGAUUUCGGAUGCAUCGCUUUCGUUUUUCACCUUGCUGGAUGCGGGUUGAAAAGUCCCUCAAGCGAUUGUGGCCUUACUUUAUAGCUUUCAAGAGCUGCAUCUCGAAUGGUAAGCCUCAGUAAUUAUUGUAUACAGUGUAUGUUUGUUUUUUAAUGUCUAAUUUCAUGAAGUCGAGCGCAGUUUAUGAGGCUGAUUUAUGCACGUUUGUAUUAAGAUCUGAGACAAUGAUCUGAUCUAGUAUAUAUAAGCUUACAGAACUUUAAAAAGCCUUUAGUCGAUAUUUUCUCUCCGCAUAUAGAACGAAAAAACGUUCCGAAGAGUAUUUAGUUAUAGUUUUGACUGUAGAAAGAAAGCUUUGAGCGAUUUUCUUGCCUGGAGUUCAUCUUUGAAAACAGUAAACACCAGGAAGCCGGCUAAAAGCUUUAAGCUUAAGCUCAAAGACUCAGGAUUUUUAGAGACGCUUUAAUACUUGUCGUCGUGAAUGAAAAUUGUUGUCUCUGUAAAUGUUUCACCGAAUUACAUUUCUUUUAUUGAUUGUUAGUAGUCUCUUACAAUUUUAAUCGCUUUGCCGUUUGUUUUCAGUCGUUCAUAAACAACGCUUGCAGGAGUACUCAAAAUGCCGCGCGUAUCAAACGCUUUUUAAGAUUACACAUCGUUAUAAAACCAUUUAAUAAAAAAAAUAAACACAGUAAAUUCUUUAUUAUGUUGAAGCGUAACUCUUUUAAUGUUCACUGAAAAUUUGGCGCUUGUCAAAAGUGAGAACCGGCUGGCCGUAUAGGUGAUUUUGGAAGUUUUUUGAACGGUUUUGCUAAAAGCCCACGCGUGCUUCGUACAGUUCUGAAUAUUGAAUGAGUGCAAUUUGUCUUGAAAAAUUGUGAAAUACUGCAUUUUGUCUGAGGUCUGUAUGAUAAAAACAACGCCUCAUAUUACUGUUUCACCUCAGUUGUGAUGUAUAAAAAGUAUGAAAUGUUGGUUUACACGCUCCCAGAGUUGUUGGCAAGAUUUUGUUAAGUAAACUUGUCGAACGCAAAAAAUUCGGCCUGAUUUGUUUUCCAAAAAUUCGUUUUCCAGGCCUAAUCUACUGUGAUCAAGAGCCAUUAUGGCUCUUAAAUGUGAUCGAAGAUGAUUGCUAUUUUUUGGGCGUAUAUAUACGGCUAUCAAUUCGAUGUAAGAUUUUUUUUCACUCUAAAAUCACUUAGCCUUAGCUUUCCCUAAAAAGUCACAUAUGUGCCCUUAAGUUAACUGAUUUGUGGAUUACAAGUUUAUUGUUUGAUUUAAAUUAUAAAUUUAUUAAUGGGAGCUUCGCUUUUAGCCCUGGCUAAAUCUAUAUAUUAUCAUUUAUACAUCACAUCUGAGGUGAAACAGUACUAUGAGGCACUGUUUUUAUCAUACGGACCUCAGUCAACAGAAUGCAGUAUUUCACAAUAUUGCGAUACAAAUUGCUAUUCAGGACGAUCGAAGCACGCGUGGGCUUUAGUCGUAAACCGUUGAAAAACUUUUCAAAAUCAUCUAUACGGCCAGCCGUUUCUGACUUUUACAGUGCCAGCAGUGGCGAGUGUUUGAAUGAACAUUAACAGAGUUACGCUCCAAUAUAAUAAAGAAUUUAUUAUGUUUAUUUUUUAUUUUAAAACGGUUUAACGCGCGUCAUUUUGAGUACACCGGGAAGCGUUGUUUACUGAACGACUGAAAACAAUCGGCACAACGAUUAAAUUACAAGAGAGAGUACUAACAAUCAAUAAAAGAAAUAUAAUUCGGUGAAACAUAUACAGAGACGACAAUUUUCACUCAGGAAGACAAGUAUUAAAGUGUCUCUAAAAAUCCUGAGUCUUCGAGCUUAAAGCUGAAGUUUAUGUUUUAAGCUGGCUUCCCGGUGUUUGCUUUUUUCAAAGACGAACUCGAGGCAAGAAAAUCGCUCAAACCUUUCUUUUACAGCCAGAAUUAUAACUAAAUAUUCUUUGAAACGUUUUCUUUCUAUUUGCGGUGAGAAAAUGUCUAAAGGCUUUUUAAAGAUCUGUAAGCUUAUAACAAACCUGAUACUCGGUCAGAUCAUUGUCUCAAAUCUUACAAACGUGCGUAAACAAAAUAGCCGCAUAAACUACGCUCGACUUCAUUAAAUUAGGAAUAAAAAACAAACAUCAAAUACAAUAAUUACUUAGGCUUACCACUCGAGAUGCAGCUCCUGAAAGGUAUCAAGUAAGGCGAGUAUCGCUUCAGACUUUGCAACCCUCUUACGCAUUAAGCAAGACGAAAACGAAAACGAUGCCAUCCGAAAUCGGAUUUCCGACUUUGACUCAACCAAAAACCCAAUAAACAAACUAGCCAUGAAUAACAGAAGACUCCUAAUAGCAGCUGAAUUUCAUUUUGUACAUCCAGUGGAAAAAGAAAGUUAAAAACAUCACAAGUUGACACAAAACUCUGUCAGCUUCACCUGUCAAAGUAAACAAGAUUCAAGAUGCUGGAUAAAUUUCCCGCAUGAACUCACCUGUCAAAUUUUGACCAAUCAGAGCAUAAAAAUUGGACGUAGAGCGUGACCAACGCGUGAACAUGGCGAGAAAAGUCAAAAGCAACUGUCUUCCCUGCCUGUAGCAGCUGGCUUAAGUUUCGCGUCCGAGGUCAGUUUGAAAUCAAAAUUUUAAUUGUGCGGCACAUAAACACAACAUAUUUCAUAUGAAUUUUAAAAAAACAUUAAACUUGAGCCUGCGAUCAUUUGAAAACCACUACCUUGUCAGCGGAUAACUUCCAAAAAAAACACUUGACCUCGAUGGGUCGACACCUGAGCCCGCAAUACAGUCAAGUGAUCCUGGUCAGCGGAUACCUUGUUUUGACAGCUGUCAAUGGAUCACAACAUUGACGUGUAUCAGUUUUCCUGUGCUCCGAUCCCAAACUAGCUAGAAAGUAUGAGACUGAACAUUGAUCGCGAUCUAGUAAAAUAAUUAACUGGUCAGCGGACAGCUUCCAAAUAUAUCACGUCACCUCAAUGAGUUGACACAUGAGCCUGCGAUAUGGUUAUGGGAUAAUGGUCAGUGGCUAUCCUGUUUUGACAGCUGUCAAUUGACCAUAUUGUGAAUGUCCAAUGUAAAAGAUGUGGACUUGGCAAGACACGCCUGAGACACCCCUCCCUUCCUUUUGAUAGUCUCCCCUACCCCACCCGUACAAUCUGUAGACGCGUACGCUCGGUCAAUCACGUGACAACCAAAGGAAAAGAGGUUGACCAUAAUCUAUGGGUAUUCAGGGCGGAAAAACGUUCUGCGCAAGCUUCUGCGCAUCCCUUACCGCAGGCUCAAGGCGGGCUUUUCUGUGUGUUGACUGUGUCGGUUUGUUGCUGGAGUUCUGAGUGAAAUGCACGAGAUGCGACCUGGUGCGAACGUUUGCUCCCUGUAAAGCAUUUUUAUUUGACAUGUUUGCUUUUUUUCGUCGCUUGAAAAUUACUUUGGAUUCAGAACAACCAAUGUUAAAGGAAAAAUGGAUCAUUCUGUCAGUAGUAGGCGAGUAUUUUUUCUAAUUGUGCAUCCGAUUAAUUUAUGAGUUGAUUUCUCCGGGUUGAAUUAAAACCCGCUUGUAUUCUGUUAUUAGUAGUUACGGUUACUUUUUUUACACGCCCAGAUUUAUUACCUUUGCAGAACCAGCUUUAUCUUUGUCGUCAGUCAAAGAACCAUAUUGCUGUUAUAACGCAUCAGAGUGAACAAACUUGUGCGCUUAUUAAACUUUCUCGGAAAUAGAAGGCCAGCAAGCUUACUCAGGAUCAUUUUUCUGUUGCUCAAGUACUAGUAGUCAGAGUUUUUUUCAUUUUUCAUUACAUUGUUUUGUUUUCCAGUGCACUGUACAAGUUUCUGUUCUUUUUAAGAAUAACUUUCUGUACGCAAAUUGUCCUUUUCACUCGCUGUGAAGUAGAGAACGACAACUGCCGGCAGUGACUUCAAAACAAUUGGCUCUUUUCCCGUAAACAACGGCUGCAGCUGGAUUUGACUGAGGCGAGCAAAACAAACCCUUAUAUGCAAUUUUCUGUAUUUUUAAUGAUCGGCUGAGUUUAAUUUGCUUAAACGAAGACCCUCGCAUGGACCAGUUUAUAAGCUUAAAAUAGCUAAAUGGUGAAUCAUGGCUUGGCUGCCAAGUUGCAACUGAUCUUUUGCUUUUAAGGUCUUUAGGUAGGUUGUUUUAGUACAGUAAAUUCAUUUCUUCAUUGUCAGCAAGAAGUUUUUGAAAUAAUGUAACUAACUUUGUUUGAAGGAAAUCCUACUUACGCGUAGGUUUUUGACAGAUGUUAUGUGUGUUCAACUUGACAACACAAAGCAAAAUUUAUAUAUCUGCGCGAAAUGAGCAAGUUUUUAAAAAAACUAUAGUUGCUUUGAAACCGAUUUUUGGGAAGAUUUUCCUAGAUAAAGAUUGACCUUUUUUCUGCCUACAUAAAGGUAACGCUAUAACUUCUACAUUGAGGAUUUUGUUUACAUUUUAGUGAUCUGCGAAACUACGAGUGUCCUAUCGAGCGAGGGUUUUAAAAUAUCAGCUCGAGUGCGACAAAGUUCAGUGACUUCAAACACACUGUGGGCAAGCGUUAAUUUUUUUGGGCAAAUCACUGUCCAAAGAUAUGUUGUUUUUGUGUCCACAGUGGAGCUCCGGACCUUAUAUAUCCAGGAACUUCCUUAUAUGAGCACAUUUUGUGAAUGCAUCUCGAAAAAAAUCGGAUCUACGCGAGCUUACCAAUGCUUAGUCUACUGUUGAAGGUAAGCACGAUAUUUACCUAAUGUACCUCAACGAGGAAGAAAUUACGGCAAAUGAAAAAUGGAUUGAAGAAUUACAAGAAGAAUACAACGAAGCAUCGACGGUAUAUAUUAAGUAUGACAAUGAAAGAAAAGCUCUUAAACUGAAGGAACAAGAAGAAUUGAACCGCCAACAUAUAAUUACAUUAAGAGAAGAAGAAUUUCAAAGGAUUGUUCAACAGACAAUUAUGAAGAAAAAAUCCACGGAAGCAAUCUUUGAAUCUUUAAUUGAACAUGUUAAAAACAUAAUUGAAUCAGAUCACUGAUGGCUUUGCGCAAAACUGAAAAGGAUAUAGAACUCGCACUGACAGACUGCAAGAGCGCGCACGCCAAAAUGCUCGAGAUAUCGAGAUAUCGAAUGGAACAUCUGCCGAAAAUGAAAUCGAAUGGAUUCGAAAAAUUCAAACGCGCUAUAACGAAACAAUUGAAAGAAUUGAAACUUUCACUGCUACGAUAGAGGACGAAAAGAAAACUAAACAAAGCUCCCCUCUUCGCUUGGAGAAAGUCAAGAUGCCAUUUUUUGACGGAACAAUAAGACAAUAUCCUCAAUUCAAGCAGGACUUUCAGAAACAAGUCAUGCCUAUGGUGAAUAAAGAAAGCGCGUGCUACAUUCUACGAUCUUGCCUGGGAAAGGAAGCGAAUGACACAGUGAAAAGCAUAGAUGACGACAUCCAGGAGAUGUGGAAACGACUAGAUGAGAAAUAUGGAGACCCAGCUAAAGUUGCUGACGCUAUUAUCAAUACAAUACAGAACGUAAGACCCAUCAAAGAAAGUGAGAAUAAAAAAUUCAUAGAACUUGUUGACGCAGUAGAGGACGGAUACAACGACCCAAAGAAACUUGGAUUGGAAAGAGAGAUCACUACAACCAGCUCAGUAAGCAUAAUCGAGAGAAAACUGCCUCCUGAAAUAAGAAAAUAAUGGGCCAAACUGGUCAGCGCAGACAACAGUACAGUAGACAAAACCAACAAAUUUCCAAGUCUCCUUAGCUUUCUCCUCAGCCAGAAAAGAGCCAUCGAAUACGACAUCGCAGAGCUACGAGUUACCAACAAUCCAACAGUAAAGGGCUCAGUACACUAUACCAAUACAAGCAAAAAGACAGAAAAAGGCAGCAGCGGACACACUUAACAAUCUUACAGUAAGUGUCUACUACACAAAGACGCAGAUCACUGGACAAGCGACUGUAAACUAUAUCUGUCAAAGCCCAUUGAAGAAAAAAUGAAACUAUUGAAAGAAAAUGGAGCUUGUUGGUCAUGUUUACGAAAAGGACACAGAUCCUUAAAUUGUAGAAAGAAAAAACGAUGCGGCGUAAACGAGUGUACCAAAUGGCACCAUGAGACACUUCACCAAGAUGAUCAACUUGAUAAACCUACUGAGGAUGCCUCUGGAUCAGCUAGCUUAUGCAGCAAUUCCAUGAUUGAUUCUUGUCUAUUACAAUUACAAAAAAUUCCUACAAAGCACGGAUGGGCCAACGUCCUCUGGGACAGUGGAGCAUCACUCUGUUUUAUCACAAACACCAAAGCAAAAGCUGAACAUUUAAAAGGAACAACAGUGGAGCUCUCUGUAACUAAAGUAGGCGGCAACAAUGAAAAAAUCACGUCUAACAGAUACAAACUUUCGCUAUUUGACAAACAAGGUCAAGAAGUUCAAGUCGAUGUAUAUGGUAUCGAUAAAAUUACUUCUGAAAUACAAAGUGUGGACAUAGAUGGAAUAAUGCCAUUAUUCAAUAACAUCUCCAAAGAAGACAUAUUACGACCAUCAGGAACAGUCGACGUAUUAAUCGGUUACGAAUAUGCAAGCUAUCACCCCCAGAAUGAACAGAGCUCAGGACAUCUUGUAUUAUCAAGAAAUCACUUUGGGAGAUGCAUUGGCGGCACACCCGACUAUAAGAGAGCAAUCCACAAGCCACCAACUCCACCAAAUAAAAGUUAAUACCGCAAUCGCCAGAAUUGAAGAUUUCUAUAAGAUAGAAAACCUUGGAAUAGAAUGUAGACCUCGCUGUGGUGGAUGUAAAUGCGGGAAGUGCUCUCUGGGGAGUAAAAACUUCACAAUUAAGGAAGGAAAAGAACUAAAACUAGUCGAGGACAAACUAGAAUACAACAAGGAAGAGAAGAGGUGGAUUUCAGAAUAUCCGUGGAUCAGAGAUCCGUCAGAGUUACCCGAUAACAAAAAAGCGGCAAUGGGAAUGUUGAUAUCGACAGAAAAAAGACUAGCGAAAAAUGCCACACACGCUGAAGUCUAUCAAAAACAAAUUAAAGAUAUGGUUGAUAGAGAGGUCGUAACAAAACUAACCCUAAAAGAGUUAAAAGAAUAUAAAGGACCAAUUCACUAUAUCUCGCACCGUGAAGUCUUGAAACCAGAUUCCAAAUCGACGCCAGUAAGAAUUGUAUUCAAUAGUAGUGCACGCUACAUGGGACAUGCCCUAAACGACUACUGGGCGAAAGGACCGCACCUUCUCAACGACCUCUUGGGAAUACUCAUAAGACUCAGAGAAAAUAAGAUAGCACUGAUUGGUGACAUAAAGAAAAUGUACCACACAGUAAAGACAAAGAUAAUUGACCAACACACUCAUAGAUUUUUAUGGAGAGACAUGAACAUUAAACGACCACCAGAUACGUAUGUUAUACAACGAGUUUCGUUCGGCGAUAAGCCAUCAGGUACGAUCGCCACUGUUGCAUUACGAAAAACGGCUGAAAUGGGACAACACAAAUAUCCUAAAGCUGCGAAAGUAAUCGAGGAAAACACUUAUAUGGACGACGUAAUAGAGAGUGUGGCUGAUAAAGAACAAGCGAAGAACCUCACCCAAGAUAUUGAAAGUUUACUUAACGAAGGAAGUUUUAAAAUGAAAGAGUGGAUCUUCACCCAUGAUAGUAAAGAACCCUCUAAGACCUUGACAAUACCUACUGACGUGUCAUCACAAACAGAAAAAGUGUUAGGAGUUGUUUGGAACCCCAUUAAAGACGAUUUCGAGUUUAAAGUUCAGUUAAGAACCACUGCUACGGGAAAGAAGAAGUCCCGUAUCCAAUCGAAUGCAAAUAAGCUGGGAGAAAUCGAUGCAGAUAAUCCUACCAAAAGAAUAAUUUUAUCCCAAGUAAACAGCGUUUAUGAUCCUCUCGGAUUAGCUGGACCUUUCACAGUCAGAGCAAAGAUUCUACUGAGACAGUUAUGGGGAAUGGAAGAGAAGCUAAACUGGGACGACCCUAUUCCGGACAAGUACACUCGAGACUGGAAACAAUUCUGCCAAGAUCUACUGGAGAUGAACGACGUUAAAUUCAAAAGAUGUUUAAUACCAGAGAAUGCGAUAGAUGAUCCAAUAUUAAUUAUCUUUAGCGACGGAUCCAGCCAUGCAUAUGGGGCAUGUGCAUACUACAGAUGGAAGCUCAACAACGGACAAUUCAAAUGCAGACUUAUACUAUCAAAAAACCGACUCGCGCCAAUAAAAAGAUUAUCAAUUGACAGAAUCGAACUCUGUGGGGCUGUAUUAAACUCAAGACUGAAAGCAUUUCUAGAACGACAUUGCAGAUAUAAGCUUCAGAAGUGUUAUCAAAUCGUGGACUCUCAAAUAGUACACAACAUGAUUCAAAAGGAAUCAUAUGGAUUUAAUACCUUUGCAGCAACCCGAGUAGGGGAGAUACAACAGAACACCAACCCUGAUGAUUGGUAUUGGACAGAAAGCAAAAACAACAUCGCAGACUGGCUAACUCGCGGCAAAAAACCAAAUGACCUAAACUCAGAAAGUAUUUGGCAAAGGGGACCCGAUUUUCUUGAAUUACCCGAAAGUGAAUGGCCAAUUAACAAAGCUUUGACCAAAGAACAACUUCCUGACGAAGUCAAAGUAGCGUACAAUAUAACGCAGACCUGCCAAAUUAAUAAUACAGACACACUUGCCUCGAGACUUAACAUAGAAAGAUACUCAAAUUUUGACAAAAUAUUAAGAGUGACAGCCCGUGUAUUAUUACUGUACCAAAGAACACCAAAACCUUCAUUCAAAAACGCAGGAAAACUACUCAUCCCUCUUGAUGUAACAAAGGCGGAACAUUUCUGGAUUAUGGAAGCACAAAGAAAUAUGCACGCAGACAUUAAAAAAGGGAAAUACAAACGUCUAUGCCCUAGAAAAAAUGAGCAAGGAAUAUACGUGGUUGGAGGACGAGGUGAAAGAUGGAUUGAGAUGAGUCACAAUAAAAAUGAAGUAAUCCUGUUGCCCUAUGACCAUAGAUUUUCCCGUCUCUAUGCUGAACAUAUUCACAGACAAGGACAUCUCGGUGUACUCUCCACGUCCAGUAAAAUACGCACGAAGUUCUGGAUAAUUAAACUAUUGAAAAUGGUGAAAUCCAUCCGAUACAACUGCGUGAUAUGCAAGAAAUUAGACAAGAGAUUAAGCGAACAGAUUAUGGGAAAGUUACCGGUGAAAAGACUGAAGCCAUCACCUGCAUGGAGCUGCACAGCUAUUGAUCUCUUUGGUCCGUUCAAAAUUAAAAACGAGGUGAAGAAAAGAACUAUUGGGAAGACAUAUGGUGUGAUAUUUAACUGCUUGGCUACCCGUGCCGUUCACGUAGAUCUAGCCGCGGAUUACAGCACUGAAAAAUUUUUCAUGGUCCUCAGAAGAUUUGUAUCAAUUAGAGGUUUCCCCUCCAAACUUUAUUCAGACAAUGGCCCUCAACUGGUCGCCGCAAACGAAGAACUGAAAAAUGUAGUUAAGGGUUGGAACCAAGAAGAACAAAAAACAUUUGGCGUGAUGGAAGGAUUCAAAUGGGAUUUUGCGCCAGCUGAUGCACCAUGGCAAAACGGAGUUUCUGAAGCAUUGGUCAAGUCCAUAAAACGAGCAAUAACAGCAGCAAUCAGUGAUCAUGUUUUGACAUUUUCCGAACUGCAGACUGUUUGCUUUGAAGCGGCAAAUCUUGUGAAUGAAAGACCAAUCGGAAGACACCCUACCUCACCUCAUGAUGGAACAUACCUCUGUCCCAAUGAUUUAUUGCUAGGAAGAGCGACAUCAAGAGUACCAAGCGGACCCUUUCGAGAGACUUCAGAUUUCCGCCGUAGAUUUGAAUUCGUUCAAAGUAUCGUGAGCUAUUUAUGGAAGAAGUGGACCAGAGAUUACAGCGAAAUCUUCGUGAAGGCGAUGUAGUGCUUAUCCAAGACGCAAACCAGAUAACAGGACAAUGGAAGCUUGGGACUGUGCUUAAAGCCUUUCCUGGAGGAGAUGGUAGAGUAAGGAAAGUUCAAGUGCAGUACAAAAAUCCAAAACCAGGAGAAGCUGUCAACGAGUACCAUGGCAGAGGUUUCGUUACCGUUGAACGAGCAGUAAACAAAUUGGUUGUUUUGAUACCAAAGGAAGAAGAUAAAGACACAAACAAUUGAACUACUACUAAUUUUUCUAAAAUUGAAAUACUCUACGUGAAACUGGACUUGAAAUAAAUUUUGUAUUUUUAAUGUAACUUUCCUUUUCGAGUGGCGGGGGAGUGUUUCGGUAUAACACGAAAUUCAUGCGUGAUAUAAUCACGACUAAUGACAUGACGUAACAAUCGUUGAUUAGUAAGAUCAUUACUACUAGUUGCGAAACUUGAGAGACACCAACGGGUACGUGAAUAUUAUUCUUAUUUACAGUUUGCUUUAACAUUUCUUGACUGAUUGUAGUUCCUGUUGAUAUCUCUACGUAGAUUUCGAAUUCUUUAUAUCUUCUGUAUUUCUGUACAUUUUGGACGAAAUAAACCAUGUGCAGUAUUUGAAACCUUGGCGACUCGCAGCUAGCAGUACAGUCAUAUCUCGUAACCAUAGCAACUGACCAUCACUGAACUUGUCUCAGAAAGUGCGAAGGGUUGAACGAACAGCUACUGAAAACGUCACAUGCUGAUGUUUUAUCCUCUAGGGAAAAAAAACUCAGAAAAACCUUACGGGGGUGGUAUCCACCCCCACCCCUCUCGUACGUACGAGGGUUAAGGCUAUUUACUUCGGCGGAGCGCGAAGUAAAGGAUUCGCGACGCUCAGGAAUGUAUCAAAGUUACAAUUUUUUGACAAGUUUGGGCAUGCAAAGUCUGUAGGUUUUCGGUUUUAUUCGGCUAUUUGACGAAGUGAGAGGCGAAUUAGUUCGAGAUAUCUCGAGAUCACUUCGAUUUCUUUAAUUUAUUCUUUAACUUUUUCGAGGAAGAAAGAAUUAUUAUUUUGGCUUCCCCAGGGGUUUGAACCGACUCACCUGUGUGACCCGUCAGAUCAGAGGAGAUUCUAAGUUGAGGGAUUAGCCGAUUGCGCUACUGCGACCCAAGGUAGUUUGGGAUAAGAAAAAUAGUUAUGAAAUUAUGCACUAGUUUCGGGACAAGAUUGGGUGUGCAAGUUCGCGACUUUUCGGCUUGUUUCGGCUAUUUCACGAAAUGAAACCGGACUACUGAUCACUUCGAGUUUAGUCUUUAAUUUACUCGAGGAAUAAAUAGAGGAUAUUACGUGGCCGCGCAGAGACAAGAAAUUUCUCUUCGAGUGUUGAAAAACAUUUCACGAGUGAGCCCUCCUUUCGAACUGCUUUAUGAUGAAUUUAACGUUACAAAAUGCUGCACAAAGACUUUUUGUCUUUGUUGAAUUGCUUUCAUGCGUUGCGUGACUGUCUCGAACGUUCUCUACUUUUUUGGAUUAUUCAUGAAUAAUUAAUUACGGCAUGUUUACAUUUCAGCAUGAGUCAGCAGAUUUGCAUCAGUUACUGAAAUCGUAAGAUAUGCCGAAAAGCUACUACUAUUCGCCCGUUUAGUAUUUUCUAGAACCUUAUGUCAAACGGUAUACAAGUUCCAAGCGAGGUCUUUUGACAGACUAAGUUUUUUUCCCACGAGCUGGACUGCUGUGUUUAGUCAAGUGUGACGAAGGCCGAUUUUACAAGUUGGCGGAAGCCGUAAGAUAUCUGAAGUUCAAGUGAGAGAUUGCUAUUUUUGGUAGAGGCUGUUUAGUUGUACUUAAGUUCAAGUCAAGUUUGUGUUGGCGGAUGCUGUGUUUUAAAGCUCUGAAAAGGCUAUGUUCCUUUGGUAUUGAACUUCCCUGUGUUAUGCACCUAUCAAUGCAAACCCCGUGGGAGGGGGGUGCGGGCAAGGAGUGGGGAUUUGAUAAAUUUUAAAAUUUUUUGAUCAAAUUCCCCAGGGUGGGAAACGAAAGGUCAAUCAAAAGUGUCAAAAAAGCCCCCACCCCAGGGGAAAAAAUCUAAACGAACAAUGCUAUAACACUAUAUAAAACGAAUUAAAAGAAUAUUUCAAAAGAACGUUCUUACUACUUUUGUUUAAGGUUAACAUAAGCUCCGUUAAAUUACUCGCUGUAAUUAAAUAUUUUCUCUCUCCACUAGCAUCUCUUAUUUUGAACAACAAAAUCUCUCCAGGAAGACUGACCGUGCUAUUAUAAUGCUAAUGAAACGUACAAUGCUCUGAAUUUCAUGGUGGAAUUCGAUUUCAAGCGAGUUUUACAAUCAGAUGGGCACUUGAAGAUAAAAACUUUCUCAAAAUAGACAUUAUCUGUUUAGAUGACAGUUUAAAGUAUCGGAUUAUGGCGAUUAAAACAAAUGAAAACUUCGUACCUUUCUCCGACAGCGUGACUUUCAGAAGCCUCGAGGGACGGACUUAGUAACCGCUUCUGAAUUGAUACCAAGCUUCUGUCGGUCAAAGUCAAAUGUCCCGACCCCGGGGUCGCUUCGCACGAUCAAAAGCCCGACAGGGGGGAUAGUCUCAGGCAUCAAAUCCCCGCCCCUUGCCUGCACUCCCCCAACGGGAUUUACAUUGAUAGGUGCAUUAAUCCGACAUUCCUGCGUGCUGAUAGUUAGUGAAUGAUUAUCCUCAAAACAUUCGAACUCGUAACAGCCAAUUCCAUGCUCAACGUAAUUGACUCCUUACCCAUGCCUUACAUAUCUUUAAUCAGUACAUGAGACUGCUAUGCUGUUUUUGAAGCCUGAUGUGACUAAGAAAAAUAGAGAAUUCUUUUUUCACUGUUUGUUUUCUUAGACUUGUUAUUCACCGCCAGUAACCUCAUAUUAGACUUAGGUCUAAACGUUUAGACCCAAGUCAAAUUUAGAAGGAUUUGUAUGGAGUCAUCAGAGCAUAACUGGGCUAAUAUUUCAGAGACAAUUUGUCCCGAAAUGCUAGUUUUUGGCAAGUAGGCCUCUUGGAUGUUGCUCUUUUCAGAAUAUCCUGACAAAUCCCAUAAUUUCAAAAAUUAACACCUUACUCUUACCAUAUUUCAUUUCUUACUAUUCCUCCGCAUUUACAAUUAAUCAGUUCCACAACCACGACGCCGAAGUGUACGCUCCGUAGCGUCUUGUUCAGUAUCAUUUGUCUCGAGUUCACGCAUUUGAGUCAGUAGAAUCUAUAAGAGACAUUUCCAAAUGCACAAAUAAAAGAUUGAAGUCUAGCGUCAUCGACAAAGUGAUCGUUGUCAUAAUUAGCAAUUACUUAAUGAGGGUAAGUAGGAUGUGAAGAAUUAUGUAGAGUGAAGAGGAUGUUAUCCCCAGUCUGUUGUGACCCAAUACAGCUCGAUCGACCUUACAUCUGAUCAAUCCACUGAAGGCCGUACUUCCUCCAGUAAAGGUAGAUAGAUAGAUCGGUUGAACAAAAUAAUCAAAUUGCAGCCGGUAGGCUAAAUUGCUUAAUUAUUUACAACACCAUAAAAGGUAUAAAAUAAUGGCAAAAGGCUAAUUACCAUUUUGUUAAGGUCUCGGUAAAGGAAAACGAGGUGCCCACAGAAAAAAAUUCUAGUCGCGCGACUAUUUUCGCUACAAAGGCAAGUUAUAUAUCAAAUUAAAGCUAAAAGACUAAAUUACCUUCUAGAAGAUUUUAUUUUAUCGAAUUUUAAAAGGCGGUUAAGUUUUUUGCUCUCGAACUCAGAGGUAUCGAGUUUACUGCUGAAGCUCCAGCCCUUUCGCGUUGUUAAAUAUUCACUUCCUUUUUAUUGCAUCUGAUUGACAGAUAAAAGACCUAAAAAAGGGUUUAAGAAAAUUUGCAUAUGUCUCGUAUUAGCGGAAUUAUUGCAUCUCAAACUAAAAAGUCGAAUCUCGAGCGUGAUUUACGCAAAGAAGCUGACAUAAAAUGAGUUAUAAAGGGAAAUUGGAAAAUUCCUCACACCCUUUUUGAGUCUAUAUCUUUAUCCAUCAUAUCUGAAAGUUUCAAAGCGAUAGCUUAAAACCUGUCCUGACUGGAGGUCGGAGAAUUUUGAUUUUUGCGUCUAAAAUAGAGUGAGUGUCACGCAAUAGACAGGGGCUGUCAAUCACUUUUCGCGCGCAACUUAUGGCGGGAAACAGAAAAGGCUCAUUUUAGAGUUAAAAAGCACUUUCUGAUUUUCUUUUUCUGCCAAAAUAAAAUUUAGGACCCACUCAUGCCAAAAAUCAAAAAGAAAAAACAAAAUCGAGCAAUGUAGUAAAAUUUUCAUUUACCGAGACCUUAAUUAGGAAAAAGAAAAGAAAAAUAAUGUAAUAAGACAUAAACUGACAUUAUAAUAACAUGUUCGCACGACCGCACAUGACUGGUAUGAAGGACUUUUUGAAGCGGUUUGUGCGAGAGCGGGGACAAGUCGUAAACUCGAUCUCUCAUGUCUGGUAUGGUAGUAGCCUUCGUGGUUCGGAGAAAGUAGGCAAGCGAGUUUGUGCCUGUCCGAGGAUAUACUAUUAAACAGCUUAAUUAAUACACUGAUCGUUACACCUAUCAUAAAGAGCUGAGACCAAAACUGAAGUUAAUAGUGUUCGUAUGAUUUAUCAGGCGCCAUUAUGGACAGCGCUCUUUUAUGUACACACUCACUUAGAUAGUCGGUUAGGUUAUGUUGGAAAAUCGGCGAGCAAUAUUCUAGUACGGGUCUUAUUACUGUACGGUAGAAGUUCACAAUAUCUUUAAAGCUCAGGCUGAACCAAAAAAAUACAAACGCGGAUGAGCUUGCGGGGAAGGUUAUUCUAAAAAUGGAGAAAAUAAAUGUACAGGUAACACUUAAAGAUCCCUCAUUUGAGACAAUCACUGAGAUACUUCGUAGCCACGUCUCUUUCACAUCACUUAAUUUCCUCUGUUCGAAAGUCGUUUUCCACUACAUUCGCCUUAAUUUAAGUCGCGUUAAUUUCCAUAAUACCUUUUAGUAUUAUAGAGCAUCAAAUUCCUAUAAUAAGGCAGGUAUUUUGUUGUAAUUCUUAUAGUCCAUUUUCGACUUCACGCGAGCUUCUGUCUUAAAACGAUGCGAAGUGCGAAGCCUUUUGCUAAGAAAAUUAAUUUCAAAGGGGAAAGGUGUAAGAAAGACCUCGGUUAGAUAAUGAAGGUUUUUGGAUCUCGGAAAAUAAUAUUGAAAUAUUGAUCGCAUAAAAUGGCUAUUAUGGUAGGCCACAGUUAUCUACCGUGAAAGAAAAACUUAAUCAGUUUAUUCAGUGCCUGACUUCUUAAUUGCAGAUAUAAAUGAGUGUGAAGCGGGAAAGCACAACUGUGAUGCAAACGCUAAUUGCCGAAACAUUGAAGGAUCUUUUCUGUGCUUCUGCAAGCCAGGGUAUUUUGAGAAUGGAGUUAACUGCACAGGUAAUAACAGUACCUUGGUUGUAUUUAUAAUCUUUUCCUAAUCAACUCCAUUUAUCUCGCAUUAAACCCAAGUUCAGCCACAAGGUAGUAAGCUGCUUAGUGCCUAGAGGCUCAGUUUGUUCUUUUAAGCUGAAUAAUAAGUGUCGAAAUGCCCUUGCAUACUGCUAUAGUUUGUGAUUUGCAGUAUCUGAAUGCAGUCUUUGCCUUAAAAUUAACAUGCUCGAGAUCUUUAAGUUUUUUAAUGUAUUAUAAUUGUCCCCAUUCAAGAUUGUCAUGUCCGCACACGCAUUCUGAAUGCUUCAGUAUCUUGCUUCAUUAGGUUUCGCUCAUUCUCGAUCUAAACAUGUAAUGUGAUUUGUUCAAUCACUCACCGCCCCAAUAUAUAGCAAUAAUGUUUUUGCUUUUCAGUAUAGCAAGAAAACUCACUCUCUCUGUCUCUGUCUGUCUGUCUGACUGUCUGUCUGUCUCUCUCUCUCUACCGACCAUACCCAAUCCUAGAAAAUAAAAGGUUAAUUAAAUCAGUUUUGAUGAUUCAAUCCUACACCUGAUUUGCAGACGGAAACGAGUGUAUAACAGGAGAACACAACUGUGACGCCAAUGCAGACUGUAAUAACACUGAAGGAUCUUUCGAGUGUACUUGCAAGCCAGGGUAUUCUGGGAACGGAGUUGACUGCACAGGUAAUUAUAUUGUAGUAAAGACCUGGAUCGUCUUAAUGUUAAGGCUAUUUCAGUAUCAUUCGAGUUCACGCGUUUGAGUCAGUAGCCCGUCCAUAAGAGACAUUUCCAAAUGCAUAAAUAAGAGUUUGAAUUAAAUUGCAGCCGGUAGGCAGAACUGCGUUAUUUUUGCGUUCGAGGUACGAGAACGCAACUCCUAAUUUGUGUUGGGUGUUCUGUGCAUUAUUGGGUGACCUGUGCAAUUAAUAAGGGAGGUUUUUUUGAGAUUGCAUUUUUGUUCGUCGUCGUCGACACACAUUUGCCUCGCUUUGAGGCGCUUGCUUAAGUUUUGCCUCACUUUGACGCGCUAACUCAUGUGGUGAUUCUUGUGUCCUCGGCGUUCAUCUUUCAAAGGUUUGCUAAGGUCUGAUAUUCUUCGUAAAGCGUUCAUCUUUUAAAAAGUUUGCUGAAUCUUCGUAAAGCGUACAUCGAUCUGUGAUUGCUGAAUCGUCCAAAGCGUUCAUCUUUCAGGAGUUUGCUGUUAAAUUUUACUUUGGAUUAAAGGGGCUAUGUCAGCUGGAGAGCAUGCGCUCUGAGGUUAUGCAAAUUACUUUCAACUGUCAAAAUUCUAUUGCUUUUACUGUAACGCGUGACUUUCUCCAUGUUCUCUGUCACGUCCAAGGCUCCGAAUUUAGAGAGGUUAACAAGCGAAAUGGGUUUAGAUAAGGGA